AUGAUGUGGUACUUGACUAUUACACAUUCUUUGCAGACUGCCAAAUUGAAAGUAGAUAGUUAUGAUGCUGAAAUAUCAUCGAUGAAGCUUGAAAUCAAGGACUUAAGUCACAAAUUAGAAGCUGCAAAUGCACAGGCCCACUCAUUUGAGAGAGAAAAAAAAAGACUUGAUCAAGUCCAAGAAAGGUGUAAAAUCGCUGAAAACGAGUCACAAGAGCGACUGAUAUUUGCCGAGAUAAAGCACGAGCUCGAGCGGAUGUUGCUCAAAAGGAAACUAGUGAGAUGCAGAAGUUAUUGGAAAAUGGAAAGAUUGGCCCAAAUUGAGAGGGCUGAGUUGGAAGUUUGCCUAGGGAAAAAAGAAACUUAG